GAACCGGAAGUGACGCAGUGAGGGGGUUAAAGCGGCAGAGAGCGGUUGUGUUCUCAGUGUUGCAGUGAUGGAGGUAACACGGCAAAGUUUUAAGUCCUCACUCAGUGUGAUCUACAGCGCGGUGCGCGAGGCCGACUUCUUGGCCAUCGAUGGAGAGUUCUCAGGUCUGAGUGACGGGCCGGCGGUGAGCAUGCUGACUAACGGGAUGGACACACCGGAGGAGCGCUACAGUAAACUCAGGAAGCACUCGAUGGACUUCCUGCUCUUUCAGUUCGGUCUGUGUGCUUUUAGAUACGACCAAUCACAGUCCAAGUACUUCACGAAGGCUUUUAACUUUUACGUUUUCCCCAAACCGUUCAGCAGAGCGUCACCUGAUAUCAAAUUCAUCUGUCAGAGCUCCAGUAUUGACUUCCUGGCCAGUCAGGGGUUCGACUUCAACAAGGUGUUCCGUAACGGGAUCCCGUACCUGAACCAGGGGGAGGAGUCUCAGCUGAGGGAGCAGUAUGAGGAGAGGCGUGUCCAGAACAACGGCAUGGGGACUCCCUCACACAUCUCCCCCACUGCCGGCAGGGGGCCCAUGAACAUUCCUGAGGAGCACCGGGAGUUCAUCAGCAGGGUCGUGGAGAAAGUGGAAGCGCUUCUGAACAACUCUGAGAAGACGGUGGACUUGGAGCCGUGCUCGGGGUUUCAGAGGAAGCUCAUCUAUCAGACCCUCAACUGGAAGUUUCCUAAAGGCCUUCAUAUUGAGACAGUGGAGAAUGAGAAGAAAGAACGGUUCAUCCAGAUCAGUAAGGUGGAUGAGGAGGAGAGGAAGAGGAUCGAGCAGCAGAAGCACGAACGAGAGCAGGAGGAACUGAAUGACGCGGUCGGCUUCUCCAGAGUCAUACACGCCAUCUCUAAAUCUGGUAAACUCGUGGUGGGUCACAACAUGCUGCUGGACGUCAUGCACACCAUCCACCAGUUCUACUGCCCCCUACCUGAGGACCUGGACGAGUUCAAAGAGCUGACGAUGUGUGUGUUCCCCUGGCUCCUGGACACCAAGCUGAUGGCAUCGACACAACCCUUUAAGGAGCUGAUCACUAAUACGUCUCUGGCAGAGCUGGAGAAACAGCUAAAGGAGAAACCUUUCAAAGCACCCAGAGUGGAAUGGUCUGAGGGUUUUCAGAGUUAUGACACGGCGUCUGAGCAGCUGCAUGAAGCCGGCUACGACGCUUACAUCACCGGGCUUUGCUUCAUCUCCAUGGCCAACUUCCUAGGUUCAUUCCUCACCCCGCCGAGAGCUCACAUCUCCGCUCGCUCCAAUCUCAUAGAGCCCUUUUACAACAAGUUGUUCCUGAUGCGGGUGGCUGAUAUUCCUUACCUAAACAUUAGUGGACCAGACUUGCAGCCAAAGCGGGAUAAUGUCCUGUACGUCACCUUCCCUAAAGAGUGGAAAACCAGCGACCUGUACCAGCUGUUCAACGCUUUUGGAAACAUCCAGGUGUCCUGGGUGGACGAUACGUCUGCGUUCGUGUCCCUCAGCCAGCUGGAGCAGGUGCAGAUUGCGGUGAACACGAGUCAGUACGCAGAGAGCUACCGCAUCCAGACGUACGCAGAGUACAUGCAGUCCAAACAGAAGCACACGCACCCGCACAGGAAGUGGGGGGAGGACGGGUGGGCGGAGCCCGCCCACCGCACCGUCGCCAUGACGGCAGCUUCCUCAGGACACAACCGGAGCAGUCUGAGAGGGAAACGUGGCAUCAGCCCCACCCAGGACGACCCGAACGCCGAGUACGAGUACAUCGCAGACAGCUGGACCGACUACAGCAGCACCAAGAGGAAAAAGACCUCCGACGCCGCGGGCGCAGACUCGUCGUUCAGCAACGCCGCAGACGCCAAAACGACGGAGGACUGGCUCAGGACCACGUCUGAAGGAAGCGGCGCAUCAACAAGCCCAGACAAAGACGACGCAAAGACAGAAGUCACGUCACCACAGUCCCCGGCCAAUCAGAAUCCCGCAGGGUCUCAGGACGUGUCCUCCGGUCUGUUCGAUGUCCCUCAAGUCUGGUAGCAGCGACUGACUCAAGGACUUCACAUUAAAAAAAUAAUAAAUAAAAUUUCAAACGCACGGCUGAGCGAUCAGCCAAUCAGGGGCCUCCGUCUGGAAGAACAACGCCUCCCCCACAGCCAGUCAGAAAAGACCUUCCUUCACUUACACGUCUCUUUGGAUUGGCUGUUGGGAGGGACCACUUUGCUGAGCGUCUUUUUUCUGAGAGUGCUCUCGUACGAGAGCCAAUCAGAAGCCUCCAUUUAACGACGCAGCUACUUAACAGCCAAUCAAAGGAGAGGCUGCUGGAUCACGCAGGCUGACAUAAGCCAUAAACGUCCUUGUGGUGUGUAUCUCACACACACACACACGCUGUUUUAUGCCCUAGAGAUGUGUGUGUGUGUGUGUGUGGAUGAUCCUGAAACAGGUGUAGAAGGUUAAAAAUGUGAUAAUUAUGAUCAGAUAUUUUUAAAACACUGUACGGUUGUUUCGUCUAAUAUUUUUAAGUGUGUAUGUUUCUCCUGUUGAUUAUGUAACUCCACCCCCUUACCCCUACUCCUCCCACCCACCCAUUAUUAUUAUUUUUUUUUUUGUGAACAUGCCCCAUCGAGCCACUCUAUUUAUUCCCCCGUGAGACUGCAUGUUGUCUGAAUGUUUUGCGUCUUUUCGUCUCGUCUCUCGCGGCAGGAAGGGGAGGGGUUAAACAAAAAAUACUUAACACACUGUUUCAGAACAAGGCCAUGUCAUUUUGUUUCCUUUUUGUAUGAUGACGUCCUCUUUCUGAGAGGAGAAAAGAAUUAAAGAAUGUUUCUUAGUAA